AUGUCCACGCUGAACCCCGCGGAGAUACGAAAGCUCAAGAAGCUGGCUGAUGACGGCGACUCGGAGGCCGCUUGGACGCUCGCGAUGCACUACGGUAGGGAGAGGGAGUCUACGCUUUUCAACGAGCACGUCACGCGAGCGGCGGAACUCGGCCUGCUCGAGGCGCAGGUCAUCCUCGCCGUAGGGAACUCCUGCAUGUCGACCGGGAUCCGUAUGGAGGAAGACGAGGUGUUCAGCGAACAUAUGGUCCGCGAAGCGAGGUAUUGGACGCACAAGGUGAGCACCGAUCACGGAGCGGAGGGCAAGUUCGAACUCGCUAAGGCAUAUAUCAGUACUGCUGAGGCUAGUGAGGCUAACAAACAAGGCGAAGCCGUUCAGCUCUUAAAAGAAGCCGCCAACGAGGGUCACACGCAGGCGAUGCGCUGGCUCUGGGAGCGGCAAUCAUCCAUGUAAAUACUACGAACUACGUCACGUC